CUCCCCUUCUCCUGCGGCAAGACGCACUCAAUUCCCUUCCGAUCGACGUGCCUGGUCCUUCAUUAUCGAUGUAGGGCCUACAGAUGGAGCACUCCCUUUCGAUAUACAUGGCCGCGCUUUUCCAAUGAUGCAGUCGGCAUCACCAGCAGGCACGCAGCGUCCGACCCAGUCACAGCGCCGACAACAGACCUCCGCAGACCAAAUGCAAGCAUCGGCUCCGGCCAUGAACCCUCCGUUCAGUGAAGGAUCCCAGGUGCGAUCGUCUUCUGGAUCAGGUCGCUCUCAACGGACCGCCAACCCCGACAAGCAGAUCUCACAAAUCGAGAAGAGUGUCACCCAUCUCCUGGUCGCCACGAAACAACUCCUCGAGACUCUAACACAAUGGUCGCGUGGACAAGCACAGGAAGAGGAGGUCUCGGAUGUCUACGUUCGACUGGGAUACGAGUUCAAUCUGGCAUGUCGUGCUUUCAAUUCGAUAGGUGUCGAGACCUCCGACCUGGGCCCGGUUCCGGACCUGCUACGAAGCAUCUUGGAGGAUACUCUAAGCCAACCAGCCUCUCCUCAAGCGCUGGACAACUACCUCCCCCGAAUACGCGACAUCAUCAUCAACUUGCUGCAUGGACUGAAGAGGAAGCAAAGCAGAUUACGCGGAAGGGCUACGAAGGACCCUACAGCUACACCCCAACCACGGCCACCUGUUGGUCAGGUAAGGCAAGCAAGUGUAUCGACCACGGGGAGCAGUGAGACGGGUUUGACACAUAUGCUGGAUGAUGUCCCCAGUGCCACUUCGAGUAUGCGUGGUCCGACUCCGCAACAGGACAAUAUCGCAGCAACUGAAUAUGCGCCCGCCAAUGCGUCGGCUGCGAAGGCCUCGAAACCCUCUAUAAACAGGCAGUCGCUUCGCAAGGAUGCCACUCUUCAGCUACCACAGUCCGAGACAUCUUCGACCAUGUCCUCGAAUACUGCUCAAAACUUGCCUGUGCUGCCUCCGUACCAAGAUGCUGAACAAGCGCCUCCCGCUCCUCACAUCAAUUUCCCUCAUCCUCCCCCACCUCCCCCGAAGCAGACGGAUGCUCUGGCAAGAUUACAACGUGGAGGAGAUCUAGAGAGACGAGCAUCAAGAAGAUUCUCGGCGUACCAAAUACAAAAGCAUUUGGGUGCAUCUCCCAAUGGCGUUCCGGUCAUCCCUGCGGCCCAGAAUUCGCCAAUACCAAACCGAGGGAAAGAGGUGCGCGAAUCCUUGACUGCCGUCCGAUCACGAAGUUCUUACAACCAGUCGAGGUCGAGGUCAGCACGGCAAGGAGAUAUCUCACCAAGUAGGAGCGGGACUGUCAGGGCACCACAACGGAUCUCGGAGGAAAGAGAAGAAACACCGGUCUUGUCGCUGGAGUCGGCUCCUCAGAUGAAGCCAUCAGAAGGACCUGUGGACAUCGACAGUCCAACUGUGAAGACGCCCGACGAGUAUUUUAGGCACCCUCCCGACAGGCAGGGCACUGGAAGCUCAGACAAAGUCUCACUAGGGGCAACAGUCAAUGGACCUCUAGAACCGCCACCUGAAGAACUGCAGGAAACAGCAUCAAUCGAUUCACAGCCCGCCCCUCCACCUAGCGAGCACGAGGCUUCGGUCGAUGAAGCGGCUGUAAGCAGUCCAGAGACUGUGCAGCACAAGACACGUACCAAUGUCACGCCCACUCAGUCACAGGUCAUGACCCUUGACUCGUCGCCUCCGCACGGGAAAGAACUAACGCUAUUCCUGCAAUACAGGAGCAAAAUCAAGAAGUUCGUGCUGGCCGAUGGAUAUGAGGAACUGACCAUCCCACGGUUACAACUUGCGUUCAUCGAGAAAUUUGCCUGGAAUACACAACAUGAUGGAGGAGAACUCCCCGAAAUUUACGUCCAAGAUCAAGUGUCCGGCGUUCGACAUGAACUGGAAGAUCUGUCGGACGUAAAAGACAGGAGCGUGCUCGUCCUUAAUGUUGAACAGCUUGAUGAAGUGAAAAAGCAUAUAGAUGAAGGGCUUGGAGGGCUCCAGAAGAGUUUGGAGGGAGUCCGGGCCCUGCUUGAAGGACAAAGCACCAUGAUGCAGCGAUUUUCGGAUCGGCAACUGGAGACCUCAAAGGAAAUGGCUCGAAUGUCCGCGGUCCCAGCUUCUGCCUCGAGGACUCCGACCCUAACCCCUGGUACGUUUACCGCAUCAGCAGCACCGACAUCUUCAACUUUGCAGGAAAUCCAGAACCUGCGCCGGGAAAUUGCGGUGCUCCGACAGACAUAUUCUACGAUGUCUUCAGAUUUCACAGCUGCCAUGAACGAUAUCAAGUCGAAAGCCGCAGGCGUCAAGGUUGCCGCUGCAGAAGCCGCCAAUGCCGCCUAUAAGGGCGAUGCUGGACGUUCGCAUAUCAACCAAGGCAAGAAGACGUUAUCGAAUGACUCCGAGGCUCUUGUGAACCGCGUGGAUGACCUCUCUGACAUUGUCGAGGAGCUCCGCAAGGAUGUUGUGACUCGAGGUGUCAGACCACUGCCGCGCCAACUCGAGGACAUUAGCAAGGAGAUUAGUGCCACAGCUAAGCAGUUGACCAAGGUCAAGGAUUUCGUCAAACGAGAGAAGCCUGUUUGGACAAAGAUAUGGGAACAAGAAUUGCAGAUUGUGAUGACAGAAAGGGACGACCUGACCCAACAAGACGAGUUGAUGAAUGAUCUCGACGGCGAUCUUGAGGAUAUCACCAAUGUGUUUAAGCUUGUCGAGGAAGCCACGAAACAGCAGAAUAUUCAGAACACUACCACAGCCGGACGAAAUCCCUCGAGGAGUCUAGCUUUUGACACGGAAGUUGACCCCCACGAAGCGAAAACUGGCAUGUUGGACGAAGUGCGAGCAUUACAGCCUAACCAUGAAAGUCGGCUUGAAGCCAUAGAGAGAGCUGAAAGGGUCCGCCAGCGAGAGUUGCAAACCCGAAAGGUCGGAGAAUUCCAGCGUGAGGUCGAGAAAUUCGUGGAAGAAGGCAAACUUAAGAAGACGGGCGGGAUGGAUGAGGUAGAACGACGUAGGAAAACGAGGGAUGAGCAGGCUCGAAAAGAAAAUUGGGAGCGUCAACAAGCCCGAGCAGCUGAGCUGGAGAAAAAGAGAGCGGAAGAAGCGGCGGCGGCAGCGGCGGCGGCAGCGUCUUCAAACCAAACCAACGGAACUACACAAGAAUCGGAAAAUGACACGUCUCAAGAGGGCGAGGCGGCUUUCCAAGACGCCAACGAAGAGAGCGUACUGUCUCCCGAAGAAGGCAGGUCGCCUGCUCCGCCUGCAGUACCUGCAAAGGACGAAAUCGAUGGUGGCGACCCUCCAGUGCCACAGUUACCAGAACUCAAUGUCGACGAGGGCGAGAAGGGUCUUGGUAUGUCAUUUUCUUAAGAUACGAAUCUAAUAUAUUCGGUGGACUUCUUCAUCUUCAUUCUUGCCCGAAUGAGCAAGUGCUGAUUCUGUAUAUGUUUUGCUUUGAUAGUCCCUGCCCUGGCGGCUACUGAGCAGGCAAACGGAGAUUCGAAGAUGGACGGUACCCGAGCAGACCCGGAAGGAAACGGCCACGAGCAGCCAAAAUCGGACGAUAAGAAGGAUAACAGAGGGAGCUGGUGGCAGCCUGCUGUCUUCUCGCCUUGAGAUCCGCUCGGCAGGCUCGACUUCGAGUCCUACUUUACCUACCUUAGGUAUUAUCCAAGUCGAUUUGGUCUCAUUCUAGGAUGUUGGGGGAUAUCCUUGCGAUCUGUCGAAAAGGGGGGAUUUGUUUCGCUUCAGCAAUUGUGGUGUCAUUGUGUUAUGUUUGAACGUGAAGAUCCUGGGGAUUUCAACUCCUUCUUCUCAUCCCGAUUUGUCUGAGUACGUCCGGUUUGAAUCAUUCUGGCUGAGGAGUCAAGAGAGCUGUUUUGAAGCAAGCGAGUAGUUGGAUUAUUUUGCGACUGGAGGUUCAAGAGAAGAGAGCUGUUUCGAAGCGAGCGAGUACUCGGUAGUAUGUUUUCGGCUUGGUCCAAAGCAAGCGAGGCGUUAUCCUGUCCGUCUGUCUACAUUUGCCGAGGGAUGCAUCUGGGUUUGGGUUUGGAUUUGGAUGUUGGAGUUCUUAUCAUGAUGGACGGAUCGUGUUUUGUUUUACCUUAUAUGGAGCGAUCCAUGAUGAUGUGUCUUCCUGGCCAGUAUCGUUGUUUGCUGUAUGUCAAGUCUUUUUUGGGGAUGAGUGUUUCAGCAUUUUAACAUUCCAACAUUCAACGUCGGAGCAGUGUAGCAAUUCUAUCUCUCAUCCGUUA